AAGAGACAAGUGACAACCAAUGGCCGGAGAGAGGGAGUUGGCUAGCCUUUGUUUUUAUAGAUGCAACAUGCAAGUUGCAACAUGAUUUAAACAGAAGGAGAAAGGGAGAUAGGUGAGAGAGAAAACAAAGAUGAGUGAAGCAGAGAAGGUGGUUUGUCUAACAGGAGCAUCAGGUUUCAUAGCUUCAUGGAUGGUUAAGUUUUUACUCCAACGUGGUUACACUGUCAAAGCCUCUGUUCGUGACCCAAAUGACCCGAAGAAAACCGAUCACUUGCUUGCACUUGAUGGAGCAAAUGAAAGACUUCAUUUGUUCAAAGCAGAGCUAUUGGAUGAGGGAGGUUAUGAUUCUGUGGUUGAUGGAUGCAUAGGUGUUUUCCAUGUAGCGUCUCCUUGUUAUUUCAAUGUCAAGGACCCUCAGGCUGAAAUGAUUGACCCUGCAGUGAAAGGAACACUUAAUGUUCUUAGAUCAUGUGCUAAAGUUCCAUCCAUCAAAAGGGUAAUUAUAACUUCCUCUCUUGGAUCAGUUGUUUUCACUGGAAAACCUCUUGCUGAUAAUGUCAUAGUUGAUGAGACUUGGUUCUCGGAUCCUGUUAUUUGUGAGAAAUCAGAGCUUUGGUAUAUGCUUUCUAAGACCUUAGCUGAGAAGGCAGCCUGGAAGUUUGCAGAAGAGAAUGGUAUUGACAUGAUCACAAUACAUCCUGGGAUGGUGUGUGGACCUCUUUUACAGCCAACUCUUAAUGCAAGUCUGGAGCUAAUUCUGAACCUUAUAGGGGCUGAAAAUUUUCCAAAUGAUACUCUUUCAUGGAUAGAUGUUAGAGAUGUAGCAAAUGCACAUAUACUGGCAUUUGAGAAUCCUUCAGCUUGUGGAAGAUACUGUUUAGCUGGGAAACUUUUACACUCUUCUGAGGUUGUGCAGAUUUUACAGGAGCUUUACCCUACUCUUAAUCUUCCUCAGAAAUGUGCAGAUGAGAAGCAAUCCAAGCCAUCAUUUCAGAUAUCCCUGGACAGAGCGAAAAGUCUAGGCGUCAACUUUACUCCAUUGGAGGUGAGUUUAAAGGAUACAGUUGAGAGCUUGAAGGAGAAGAACUUCUUUAGUGUCUGAUUCAUGGAAUGUACCAACCCGUCAAUCAUAUUACUGUUAUAAAGCUUGGGAUUCCCCCUCUAGGGUCCGGUGUAGUGGAAGUGCUUCCCCUUUGAAUAUCGAAUGGACAGAACGUAUUGACCGCACCACUCAUCCAAACAUAGCUUUAUUCAUCAUAUAAGGUGACGCUAAGCAUUUUGCAGUGAAGUCUGCCUAAUACCAAAAGCUAUCAGACUUGACUUAUUACUUUUUUUUUUUUUUUUAAAUAUCUUUAAGAAAUAGACAUUAUUGUAUAUAUGAUAAAAUAUUUGGAACAUAUUCAUAUGUAAC